UUAUGUUUUGCUUUGACUGAUUGUUGGCAAACAGAAAAUUGAUUUCUAUAAAAAGGUGGCCAGAUCUAAGAAGACAUCAAAACACAUCAGUACUUCAAACUGAAGCUAUCUUUUCGCCUCUCAGCGACUCCAUAAGGAAAUCAACAAUCAUGAAGUGCAUCGCAGCUGUAGUCAUGAUGGCCCUGGCCGUUGUUGCUGAAGGAGGUGUCGUUUCCUACUCGGUUCCAUUGGCCUAUUCCGCACCUCACACCACCGUUGUCCAGCAGAACGUGGCCCCUCGAUACAUCUCCACGGUUCCAGUGACUUCCUAUGCCGCUGCUCCAGUCACCUACGCUGCCGCCCCCGUGACCUACACCGCUCCUCACACCACGUUCGUCCAGCAGAACGUUGUCCCACGAUACGUUGCUCCAGUGGCCUACGCUGCUCCCUCAGUGGUGGCUUACAACUCUGUCGAUUCGGAAGUCGUUGAAGCAACCCAUGUGGCCGCCCCAGUUGCCACCGUUGUAGCUCAGCCAGCCGUCGCCGUCGUUACCCAGAAGGAAGCCCGGUAUGUCGCUGCCAACCGUGGAGCUGUGCAUGAUGCCCCUCUUGCUGGACACACCGUUUCGCAGCAAUCACUCAAUCUGGAACCAGCUGCGGGAACCGUUUGAAGUGUUUGAAUUUUGGCUUUGAAUAACCUGCUUCGUAUCCUAGUCUUGUACAAAUUGAAUAAUAUGGAAAUAACGAAAAACUGUGAAUAAAAUGUGCUAUCUUGUUCAAACGGA